AAGACCUUUUCAAGUAGAAUGGAGGUAAAGGGGGAUCAUCGCCAAUCACACCGGUGGCACUACCUCUGCUUUUAUCGAUAAGAUGCGCAUCAAAUCUGCGAUCCAGGGCAACCAUGACCCAAUGGGAGUCUUUGGUAACCGUACUAUUAUUAAUAAUAACGCAGUCUGAAUUUCAGCUCUCGACUGGCAAGCGCUUCCCAUCAGUCGAUCCCGGUCUCGGCAGACUGGACGUGUAUCCUCGUAUAUCCAAGAAAUCGGCACUUGGGUUUCGUGCAGAAGACACGGAGCAAUCGCUCUGGAUUCAAGAAAGAGAUUGCCAGGUCAGGAUAACUUGAGAGUAGUAUAGGCGGAAAUUCGGAUCGUGCCAAGGGAGUUGAACUGCCAAUAUCAUGAUCUCUGGAGGUUAUGUUGAUGACGUAAAAU